GGAGUAGCGCGCGAGAGAGACAACGCGAGAGUUUCGGCGGACGGCGAUCUCAACGAAUAGGCCCAGGGUAGUGGGGGUAGAUUCGUAGAUUGUGGACAACAGGGAACGUGCGUGGUGGGAACAGGAGGGAAGGACGAGGCCAAGUCGUGGUUGACUAGUGCUGUUGGUCGCCGAUGGUCGCCGUCGACGCGGCUGGUUGUGCUUGUGCGAUUUCGGGAAAAGCAGUAAUUCGAGGUAGCGUGCGUGCUCGGGCGAGUUUGUGCGAGUGACGUUUUCAUGUUGGGCACGAGAGUGGUGCGGAGGACCUCACGGCUAUUGCCUGCACGACAGGCAUAUUAAAUGAUCGCCGACGGGAGACGGACAAGUGUCGUUGUACGUCGGAGACGGGAAGACACGCUCGGCAAGAUUUGCGCAUCGUACAAAAAGGCGAGCGGGCCGAUGUUGUAACGUACCAGGGUGCCAAGAUGGAAGAGCGUAGCGUCCACAGUAGUAUCGGCGAUAUAAAUAGUGCGGAGGUGACCAAAACCUUAAUAAUACCACGUAAGAAGAGGAUAUGCCUAAUUGGUACAGCGUGUAAUGAUCCUGCACUUAAUGCCGCUGCUCAACAAUUCAAAGUGCCUGUACUUAAAUCUGAAACUGGCAUGGAAUAUAUUGAUGACACUACAUACAAUACUUACUUUGUACUCAAACAAUUUGAAGGGCCCGAAUAUGAUGUGUUAUGCAAAAGUGCUCAUAGAGUACUGGGCCCUACGGCUUUACUACAACUGGCAGAAAAGAAUGAAUCUUUACCUAGUAUCAAACGACCAAUGUACACGCAAGCUAUGGUAGGCACGGUAGUGGUAUUUAGCGGUUUUCGGACCAUAGAGGAUGAACUGCGCAAGUUAGCUAAUAUGAUUCUUAGUAUGGGAGGUAGCAUCCGAAAGGAGAUGGGUAUAAAGGUGACGCAUCUUAUUGCAAAUCAUUGCAGUGGAGAGAAGUAUAGAUACGCUGACACAUUUGGAUUGCCUAUCAUGUCGAUAGAAUGGGUGAUAGCAUUAUGGAAUGCAAAAGAUGAUAUCUCCAUGUAUGCGAACAAAGAGGAAUUGAUAGCAACUUACAAGCUGAAGCCAUUUUAUGGAGCAAAAGUAUGUUUCUCUGGUUUUCCCGAAGAAGAAAAGAGACAUAUGUGUGAGAUUUUGGAGCAACAGGGUGGUGAAGCUACUGAAAUUGACGAUCCAAAUUGCACUCAUGUCGUCGUGGACGAAUCCAAUGUAAAUGUAUUACCAAAUUUAGUUUCAGUAUCUGCUUUUAUAGUUAAAACUGGAUGGUUUUGGACAUCUGUACAAAAUGAAGCAGCCGCUGAUGAGAAAGAGUAUUUAUUUGAACAUUAUCUAGAAACAGUUCUGUCCCCUACUGCUACGGGUAGGCGAGAUAGUCAACAGAUCAUACCGCAGAAUGUGACAUUGUCAAAGCACCCAUGGUUGGGUGGGCCAUUAACUAAUUUAUUACAAAAUGGAGCGGAUUCACCAGCCAGUGUCAGUGGAAGCUUUCUGGACUGCACAGCAAGUCCAGAAAAAUUAUUAGAUGAAGUAGAGACUGUUGAGAAACAUUUACCCGCUAAAGAAAACUUAUCACAACGUCAUAAAGUGUUUCUCGAAUUGGUUCAAACUGAGGAAAAUUACGUAGGGAUUCUCAAUACAAUUAUGAUGUUAUUUAAAUUGCCACUAGAAAAUCUUAUAGGCAAAAGUGGAAAAGAGUUGCUGAAUAGCACGGAAGUAAAAAUUAUAUUUGGCAAUUUUCCACCGAUAUAUGAUGUCCAUAAGCAAUUACUAGAGGCUUUGCACUGUAGUGCCGCUCAUUGGACGGAGGAUAUUAGCAUCGGAGAAAUUUUUCUCAAGUUUGAGCCCGAUUUAGUCAAAGCAUAUCCUCCAUAUGUCAACUUUUUUGAAAAUACAAAACAAAUGUUGGAGGAGUGUGACCAAAAUAAGCCACGGUUUCAUGCUUUUCUGAAAAAUUGUCAGACGAUACCAGAAUGCGGUAGACAAAGUUUAAAAGAACUAUUAAUUAAACCAAUACAAAGGUUACCUAGUAUUAGUUUAUUAUUAAGCGAUAUUCUUAAACACACGGACAAAAGUAAUCCAGACUAUAAUGCACUUGAAGCUUCUAUUAGCUGUAUUAAAAAAGUGAUGACAUAUAUAAACGAGGACAAAAGGAAAACCGAACGUCAGUUAGCAAUGUUUGAUAUCUUUAAUGAGAUUGAUAAUUGUCCGCCGCAUUUAGUUUCCUCGCAUAGAUCGUUUAUUAGUAAAUGUGAUGUAAUGGAAGUUACGGAAGAUCUUAGUGGACGAGGUGAUCAUUUAGUAUUGUUCCUAUUCACCGACACUCUUGAAAUAUGCAAGAAAAGAUCGAAAGCUUUUAAUUCGUUAAAGAGUCCUAAUACUAUAAACGGCUUGCAAUCAAUUAAGCUAAGCCAAGGAAAGCCAUAUAAGCAUAUCAAAAUGUUGUCACUAAGUACCAUAAGGAAAGUUGUGGAUAUACGAGAAACUGAUCAAUAUCACAAAGUAUUUGCGCUCGUGGUACGAGGCACUCAAGAACUAAAGGAAAAAUUGUUUUCGUUUAUAAUUACUGAUGAAGAAGUAAACAAAACGAAUUACUUACAGACUUUGUGUAGGCAAAUGGCUCUUGCUGUUCGUGUAGCUGAUGCCGAUACGUUACUCAUUAGAUAUGAUUCACAUCAGCUUAAAGUUGGUACUAGCGAAGUAGCAUCGGGUACAUUAAAGAAAACAAUUAAGAGCCUAUUUCAUAAUUUUUACCUGGAGUAUAUGGACCCGUAUGUCUUCCUACUCAAUAGCAUGUGUGAAACCACGUUACAUGUCCCACUACCGUUUGCAUCUCGUACAAGAGCAAAAGUCGGCCGAGCUUUUAGUUUUAAUAAAACGCCAAGCAAACUAAAUAGAGCGAUGUCCACGAUUAUGUCUCCAUUUGCAGGAACACAAACUCUUCCGCCAACAAAUCAACAAAUAGUUCAGAUGCGGUUAGGUAGUUGCAACAAUAUCAGUUCAAUGGAUGAACUAUAUUAAGGAUUUCAAGAGUUGGAUAAUGGCAGUUCAAGUUCUCCAAAUAAAGAAGAUGUUCUAGUAGCGCCGAUGUCGGAUCAGCCAACUCGAAAGGCUCUCAGUAUGGCUUCGUUGCGAAGGUUGUAAUUAGUAUUCUAGAGGUCAUACUUCUUUUUGCUACAAUCGUUUAGUAUUCUGAACAAAGAGACGUGCAUUUUUAACAACCUAUUGUGGUAUGUUAAACUAAUAUACAUUGUCUAUAGUGAUUAAGACAUUAAUUAUAUACAACGAUCCGAAGAUAUGCUAUAACUAUUUUUACCCAUCACAGUUCUGUUUCAAAUAAUUACUUCAUUUCUCGUCAUUACUGUUUUUAUAAUAGAGUUCAGUACAAUUUUUUAAAUGUCACCUUAUUCUCGGAUGCAUCAUUAUAAAAAAAUAUGAUAUUACUGUUAUUAGUGCCAAUAAUGCCUAGUUAUUGUUAUAUUACUAUUAUUAACAUCAUUUAUUUAUUUUAUGUAUUAUCUCUUGUAAUUAUUGUAUAUGCCUUCUUAGCGCACGUAUUCGUCGAUAAGAUAAAGAACCAUUUUUAAUAUAAAUUCAAUUCACUCUUCACGUCGAGUCAAUUAAAUUAUUCUAAGAAAUAUAUCGUCAAAUUAUAUUAAUUUGAAGAUAUUUUUUCUAAUCGUUAUUUUAACGACAAACAAAGCCAGACUUAUAUCAAUAGACACUGCAGGCAUGUGCAAAAUUUUUCUUAAUAAAUGUAGCAACAAUUCAUUUAAAAAAACAUUAAUGUCUCAUUAAUUAAUAUGUCCCAUUGCAUUUGCAAUCUCAAUAGACGCCAAAAAAAUAGACAAAGCAUUUGUUUGAGAAUGAAUUAGGUAAGAAUGUUAAGAUAUAAUCACAGCAUGAAGUGAACAUAUCCUCCAACUAAUAAAAAUAAUAGCUUUUAUGUUUUUGACAUCAAAAUGUUCUACAAUUUUAACAUUUUACUUACUGUACUUUUCAUUUCUGUUUUUCUACUCAUUAGAAUUUGUUCAGCGGACAUCAUACAAAGGAGGUCUGAUCUUUGAGCUAUAAAAAAUUUACAUGUGACUUUAUUCUCCUUUGAUCGUUUAUCAGCAAAGAUACUGGUGCCGUGUAGGGGUUUGUUAAUAAGACUCUAAAAUGUUAUUUAUAUUUCAAAUGGAGUUAAGUCUUGGAAGAAAGUCUGGCAUAUGUUUGUGAAAAAUGUUCAAAUUCGAAAAUGAAAGCAUGUUAAAUUCUAAUAAUUACAAAUGCAUACUUGUUAUGUGCCAAUAUAGCCAAUAUACUAAAUAACAAAGACAUUGCCAACUGUUACAAAUUUAAUAAGUUUGCUUAGGUAAUAUUAUACUUCAAUGACCUGUGAUUUGAUUGGGUUUAUCACGAGGAGAGACAAUGCAAUUUACUAAUAUUUUAUACGUCCAAAAUUUAUUAAAAGUAAUCGCACAAAAGAAAUUCCACAAUUUUGUAAUGUCAAUGUGGAAUUGAAGUAAGAUAACAAAUUCAUAAAAUCUGUAUUAUUUCAUAAAUGUUUAUACAAUUUUGUAUCUUUAUACUCUUCAUAAUUCUGUAUAAUUCGCUGUAUCAGGUAAAAAUGAAGAAUUGCCAAUGUUAAAAAUAUUAUUGGAAAUAAGGACUUGAACAACAUUGCUUAUUUCUGUACGAUUAAUUACGUAAUGGUAAGAUAUGAUAGAGAAAAAUAAUAGAGAGCUAGAUACAAUAACAUUCUUUAAUAUGCAAACUAUAUCCUUGCUUUAGAGUUCUCUAUGCUCUCUAUUUGAUAAUUAUUUACUUCUGUUAUAACUUUAAAUUAAAAAAAUCAAUUUGCUUAAUCACAAGUUUGCAUAAAUUGUAAUACACAUAUAAAUAAAAAUAACGAAAAGCUGUCGACAACUUGCUUUUUUAUAGUAUCAUUUCAAUGCCAGUUUCGAUGUUUGUGAGAUCUUUCUAAUUGCACAUGCUUUAAAACAUCAAUUAAUUCAGCCGGAAUUAAGUACUUGACUGAAGAAAUACAUUGCGUGUAAAUAAAAUUAUAUACGAAACUACAAUACAUAUUAUAAAAUAAAUAUAAAAUAAUCAUGAUCGAGAUAAACUUUUUAAAAUUUAAUGUGAAAUAUUAAUUUGAAAAUUGCAGAUAUCCAUCAUCGUAAUUUCACAACACUCUCAACGAGUAUUUUAUUUCUUAUAUAUAUUAUUUUGUUAUUAUUUGAUUUCGUGCAACAUUAAUAGUUAUAACAUUAAGAGUUGCAGAACUUGCGUUACUUGAUAUAGUAACAUCUUGCCAUUAUAACUUUGUUCAUAAAAUUAAAGACAGGUCAUAUAUGCGUAGAUUUUAUGUAUGCAACAAUACAUUAUAUUGUAAAUGCGAAUACAUAAAUGUUUCAUUUGGCCACGAUUGUAUGUUUCGAUUCUGUAUAUUAGCAUUUUCUUGAUAGUCGAUUGUUUAAAGAUUAACUAAAGUUUAUUUUUUGACGCCUUUAAAGUAAAAUAAAGAACUAAAUGUUUAGUUUAAUUGCAAAAUGAUCGAUUAUUAAAUGUAGUUGGCGAAAAAAUCUUAUAGGCACAGAAUAAUUUCUUCUCCUAUGUGGUCUUUUCUAGUCUUUACUCAAUCAAUAUAAUAUGAUUCUUUUAUCUGUUUUUUACAGAUACCAGUACCAUUUCUAAAGUUAAAGUUCUAAAUUAAAUAACAGCUGAAAGAGACUCUAGCUUUAAUUUUACAAAUAUUUUACAUUAUAUGAACACUUAAUUUUUUACAAGUACUACCAUAUGUGUCACAAGAGAAGUUCGAAAAUAUGUAUCAGUAUUUUUUUUUAUCUAUUGCAUGUAUAUAUUGAUUGAUUAAAGAAAAUUAGCAUAGAUUAUAAAAGACUGUCAAGAAAGUGAAGAAAGUAUUUCGAUCACUGCUUAUAAGAGUUUAUACAGAUUUAUAUUGCCGAUUAUAUUCUCUCGUCAUCUUAUGAUAAACAUAAUUAGUGCCUUGAGUAUGAUAAUGAGUACGAAUAAAACUUGUAUUGUAUGAUGAAAUGUAUACAAUACUUUGUAUAUGUGCCUGAUUCACAAAAGAGAUAAAUAGAGAGACAUAACUUUCUCUCGAUUUUAUCUCGAAUAAUAUUUUGUACCUCCUGAUUUAGAUUAUUUAUUAGAUUCUGCUCUGUCUUGUUUCAAACCAGUGAGAACUUAUUAUAUCUUAUACUUUUUAAUAACAAGGUAUAUCUUGCGCGUUGUAACGAAAACGUAAUUUUUAAAAUGUCUGCGUGCAUACUCGAGAUAAACACACUACCUAUUUAUAAUAAUAAGUAAUAUUAACUUUAUAAAAGCUGUUAAGUAGUGAUACGAAUCGCAGGACAAAUAAAAUUUUUACAUAUCAAUUUUUAUCAGUUUAAUCUGAUACCGCAUAGUUGGUUUGACAUAUUAUAAAAAACGUAAAUCUUUAAUAAUUGCUGCAAUUUUUCAAUGUAAGAGUUGAUAUAAGAUAUACUACUAUUCUCGCGAGUCCUCCUGUGACACGUAGAAAGUUCGGAAUAUCUGUUCGGACACCUGUCUUGUGCGUAUUUUCCAAUCUCCCCUGUGAAAAAAAUGAACUGGUCAACUCGCAUCGGAACGCGUCGACCAUUUUUCAGGCCUAAUUGAUUUACUUCUCAUAUCUUUCAUUUUCCUUUACUACAUUUCCUUUACAGAUUAAAUGACGAGAUAGUAUGAGAGCGUGGUAAUAUGCCAAAACAAGUGUCCUUGAUUUAGGUGCAUUGUAAAUAGUAAUGUUAAGUAUAUCUCAGAAAUAAUGUAAUGUAGAGAACAUUUUUUUACUAUACACCUAAAAUUAUAUAUCGUCUUACAAUUCUCGC